CAAUGGCAACCCAGACCGAGUAUUGGUUGAUCUUGAUUCACCUUCAAAUUUGAGCGAGCUACUGAAUGUCACCGCCCCGCUCGGUCUGCGACCACCUAUUUCUAUUAUUCCCAUUAUGUCUGCCUACCCGCCUCUUUCCAGGACAAGGUCUAUAAAACGACCUGCCAAUGCCGAGCCCAACGAUUCCGAUAUCUCGAGGCUACCCGCUGUCGGCGAAUCCCGCACUUCCACUGCCUCGCCCAGUCGUCUACCGGUAAAGCCAUCGCUGUCCGGAAUCGCCAGAUCGGCGUCGGUAUCCACAAGGACAACCACCGCGUCGGCAUCGACAACCGCCCCGCGAGCCGCCCCCAAGACUCGGACGGGAGGACUAUUGAGCAAGCUCGGCUCCAAGACCCUGCGCCCCGCGCAACAAAACGAGAAUGUUGCGCCUGCAAGGGACGCGGCGGGAUCGGGAGUGACAGGCACAGGGGCCGGACUGCGCCGACCGACCCCAUCUUCAGCUGCCGUUGCUCCUCGGCCCAAGACUUCUGGCGGUCCAGCCGGCGCUGAGAGGUCGGUCAAUUCAAACCACUCACGCGCCAAAUCCUCGGCGACCACACUCACAGAAGCAACCCUGCUCCGUCCUGCACAAUCUUCCUCACAUGCAAGCAUGUCAACAACAUCGAGCAUGGCUUCGCGGCCACCUGUCACAGCACAAACGAAAGCCCUCCAUCGAAGGGCACCCUCGAACCCCGUGAGAACCAGGACAUUGGAUCAGCCGAAGCCGCAGCAUCUGCAGCAACCGCCGCAACCCGAGCAGCCGCAAGCAGCCCGGGCAAACAAGCCUGCUUUCAAUACGAUGCAACAGCACUUUUCCCCACUCAAAAUGGCAGCCCCUAAACCCCUAACAUCAACAUUCCUCGCUCCGCCAUCGCCAUCAAAGCUCCCCGCAAACGUUGCCAUCACGGCCGAGACGAGUCGGCGACAGACCGAGCUGCUUCAACUUUGUCUCCUCCACCGGGAGGCAGGGCCUACUACAAAUCGAUGGCACGCGAGUGCUCGCAGUAGGCUGGCAAAACGAUUCGACUCAGUCGCCAAGGCCAACGCGGCUGUCACGCAGGCCAAGGCAAGGAGGACCGAAGAUGUGAACGCCCAGGCGCUGGAUGCCUGGGUUCGACGCGGCGGAGCCCACGACCCGCGCCAGCUCGAGGAGAAGGUGCAGGCACUGGAUGCGGUCUUGUCGGGUCUUUGGGAACUUAGCGAACCUGGUGGCCGGCACGCGCGGGUGGUACGGCAGUUUGAAAAGUGGCUUGAACAUUUACGAUACGUAAACGACAGGCGAGAAUGUGGAGUCUUCGACGUCGACGACGAGUUCGUCUUCAUCUCUGAGCUAGACGCUGCGUGGCAUGACGAGUGUGCAUCGAUGGCCAGGAAGCUGGACAACUGGCGUACGGACUUGAGGUAUUUGGAGGGCGGUGUGGAUGAUAGUGCCCAGAAACCAUCAGGGAAACACAGUACUGAAAUUGAGGAGGAGCAGUCGAGCCUAACCGUGAUUCUUGCCGCUUGUCGUUCCCUCUCCCACGACAUGCUAGAGGAGAUCAAGUCAAUGGAGCAGAUCGAGAGGGAAGCUCUCAAGCAAGAGAGUGACUGGGUUGAAAAGAUUGCAAUAGACGAUGCUCAAGACGACACUCCCCGUGCCGGAGCAAUAUGGAGGGUUUUGUAACCGUCACUGCUCUUUAGUGUACAAGUCAACCAUUUCCUUCGACGGCUCAGUGACUGGGCAUAAAUUUUGUUCAUUACCACAGCGUUUAUCAUGAGUAUAGACCCAUAACAAAGCUCAUUCAUUCGGCCGAAUACAUUUUCUGGCACUUUUCCAUUAUCGC